AUGCUACGGAAUUCACAAGAAAUCGACAUAAACAUCUCAGCCAUCGGCAUGCACCUGGAGUUGCCGAGAAACGGUUGGAGGUUGUAUGCCUCAGUUGACGACUUUUCUGAAGGUGCUUUGACCGAACUUACGGAGACAUCGUCAGUGCGCAGUGACGCGUUCGCCAGACAGACCAACAGCUACCUGAUCAACAACCCAGAGUCGUCCUGCAAUGACCAAAACAGUUAUCUUCCCCAGUGGAGAAAAACGAAUUCUCAGGAUAGCUGCAAUCGUCUGUUCGGGUCGCAAUAUCGACACAUAGCCAGCCUAAAAUAUGCGCAUAAUCCGACCCGACCGGGAUUCCAACUACUUUUAUGUAAUGCGCUAGUUGGACAAAACAGUCAAAUUCCACAGUGUGCUCUCACACGCAGCAAAGUGCUAGAAGGCCAUUUUUAUCCGGCUUAUAAGCGCAGAAGAAAAAGUACAUGUGCAGAGAGUGACGCAUCCCCAAGGUCAUCAUCGGUUCGACACGUCCGGAAAGUAGGUGAGUUGGCGGCUCUCACCAAACGGCUUAGCAACACACGACUAGCGUAG